AUGUCCGAGCCAGACGUUGAGAAACUAGAGCACCGGCCGCCUGCACCGCACCGGCCUGAUGACCCGUCGUAUUUCUCAUCAGACUCAACAACACCACCAAGCACAGAGCAUGGCGUAUCAGAUAAAGGGCGGAAAGCAGCCGCCGGCGUCCCCGGCGCUGAGAAGACCACCGACGACGGCAGGAUCAUCCACUCGUGGAACGGCCCAGACGACCCAGAGAACCCCUUCAACUGGGCGACGUGGUACAAAUGGGUUCUAACCGUGACGGUCUGCUUCGUCUCCAUCCUUACCGGCCUCCCGGCGGGGAGCUAUGGCGUCGGCGCCUCGUACUACAGCUCGCAGUUCAACAUCCUGACGGCACCCUUCGACAACUCGAUCUGGGCGACGGUCAGCUGGAAUAUUGGAGCCGCUGUGUGGCCGUUGAUAUUCGUACCAUUGACUGAGGCUAAAGGGCGCAUGCCUGGAUAUUUCGGUGCCUAUAUCAUAUUCGUCGCAUUCCUCUUCGGGUCGGCAUUUGCUCAAAACUACGCAACACUGAUUGUGACCCGUUUCUUCGGCGGAGGCGCAUCAUCAGUGAGCAUCAACAUUGUGGGCGGCUCGAUCGCCGACGUCUGGAAGGGCGACCGGGCCCGCUCGCUGCCCAUGUCCCUGUUCGGCUUCACCUCCGUCGCGGGCAUCGCGCUGGGGCCCUUUAUCGGCAGCGCCAUCAUCCAGACCGACAAAGUGGACCCAUGGAGAUGGAUUUUCUACGUCCAGAUCAUCUACAACGCGGGCCUCAUCCCGAUCUUCUGGCUCAUCCUCCGCGAGACCCGGAGCGACGUCAUCCUCGCCCGCCGCGCGAGGAAGCUCAGGAAGGAGACGGGCAGGCCGAUAUACGCUGAGAGCGAGCUGAACCGGGACUCGAUCGUUACGCAGCUGGAGCUUUCGUUCGCGAGACCGGCUCGGAUGCUAACCAAGGAGCCUGUUGUGAUAUUCUUUACACUAUGGGUCUCAUUCGCCUGGGGCAUCCUCUUCCUGUUCUUCUCAUCCGUCGUCCAAACCUUCGAGUCGGCAUACAACUUCGAUACACUCCAGACGGGCCUCGUCCAGCUCGCCAUCAGCGCGGGAGCCCUCAUCGCCACCUUCAUCAACCCCCUGCAGGACAUGAUGUACCUCAAGUCCGCGGGCCGCAACAAGGACAGGCCGGGGAAGCCCAUCCCUGAGGCCCGGCUCUACUUCUCCAUCCCGGGCUCAGUACUGUUCGGGGCCGGCCUCUUCUGGUACGGCUGGAGCUGCCGCGGUAGCGUGUACUGGCUGGUCCCGACCUGCGGCAUUGCCUGCGUCGGCAUCGGCAUCUACUCUAUAUAUCUCGGUGUUGUCAACUACCUGACCGACGCCUACGAGAAGUACGCCGCGAGCGCGCUCUCGGCCGCGAGCCUCGGCAGGAACAUGUUCGGCGCGUUCCUGCCCCUCGCGUCCCAGCCCCUAUUCAACACCCUCGGGUUCGGCUGGGCGGGGUCGCUGCUGGGCUUCGUGGGCCUCGCCAUGACCGCCAUCCCCGUGGUACUCCUGUUCAAGGGCAAGCAGAUCAGGGCCAACAGCCCGUUCAUGAGCGAGGCGACUUAUGAUGAGGAGGAAGUGGAGGUCAGGAGGUCUAGUUAUACGCGCGCGCACUCCACCCGAUAA